AUGGCUCUCGAGCUUUACAUCCCGCCUUGCAUUAGCAGUUCUGCUCACCCUCUCCAUCCCCCACCACUGGAGCAGCCCCUGAGAAUCCAGAUCGAAGGUCCACUAGCAUCCAUCCAAAAACUCCUUCCAGAGGUAUCAUGGCAUACUGAUACCGCAUCCCUAGUGUUUCCGCAGCCGGCCGGCCCGGGGCUUGCAAGAUUGGCGUAUCAGAAAAUAUAUGGGCAGGAAGUUCGUCUAGAGGUCGCUGGUGAUAUGGUUGUGCGGGAUGAGCACAUUGACUACUAUGGCGUCACAUUCGACCACCUCGUCCCUGCCGACGAUCCCGAUCCAAAGGUAUUACAGAUCAAUAUUAUCGAGAUAGAUAACGAUGGGGGAGCAUAUACAAACGAGUACUUACCAUUUGCAGUAGAUCCGGCGGAAUAUAUAGGGAAGAAGGUACUAGCCGUGCCAAGAUACUGUUAG